GUAAGCAAUAUUUCCCUCUCAAAUAAGAUAAAAACGGCGUCGUUGGAGAAAAAGAAGUGAAAACGAUUGCGCGAGGGACCAUCUCCGUCGUGAGUCCAGAAACACUGAACCCUAAACCAAAACAGGCACACUCCACCGUCGGCAGCCACCCCCUGAACGACGCAGUAACCGCCGGAAACCCAUUUUCGUCUCCGUCGCGCAGCACAUCCGACUCCGUUCGCAUCUUGCGCUCGUUCCUCCACCACAGAUUCCCAGGCCGCCGGCUCCUUCGCGGCCUAACUCCGACGAAGAAACCGUCACCAUUCCACAACCCAAUCGCACAGCACAGCCACAAAAUGGCGAAUAACGCAGAAGAUUUCUCCCAAUUUGGAAUUUCAAAGGAGGAGAAGGAUAAACUUGUUGGAGAAGUAAUCCGCUACAUGCUUUUCAAAACCCAUCACAAUUCCGGGUGCCCGAUUAAGAGAGAAGAACUCACUCAGCUGGUCACAAAGAACUAUCAUCAGCGUAGCCUUCCGACUUUCGUUAUCAAUGAAGCUAAAGAUAAGCUUUCCGUCGUUUUUGGCUAUGAGAUGAGAGAGCUUAAGAGGUCACUCCCGUCGUCCAAAACUCAGACACAGCUUUCGCAGCAAAGUGUUGCUGAGGCCAAAUCAUAUGUUCUCAUAAGUCAACUUCCUCCUGAUGUAUAUGAAAAAUAUGUAGUAGAUGUGAAUACUGCGCAUCUGUCUGGAUUCACGUUUGUCAUAAUUAGUAUUGUAUAUCUUGCUGGUGGCAAAAUUCCCGAAGAAAGUCUGUGGAGCCAAAUGAGGAGGAUGGGUUUGAAUGAAGAUGAUGUGAGUCAUCCUGUCCUUGGAAACAUUAAGCAAGCGUUGGAACUGCUUGUUCAGCAAAGGUAUUUACAGAAGGACAAAGUUAGUGGUCCUGAAGGCAAUACUAUAUUUUAUGAACUCGCCGAGAGAGCUUCAGAUGGACCCAUCAUUGACAAGGUCAAGGAAUAUAUAUCUCAGAUUGUAUCGGACAAUGUUCCAGUGGGUGCUGCCUAAGAGUUGCUAGCUCUUCGGUGUUUUGAAGAGAAAAAUUUAGAGAUACUAACGUGGCCCCAUUGGCUGCUGAAGUCAAGCUGUACGCUCUGCAAGAAUAUUGAUCCACAUUUUGUCUUUUAGCGAAUUCUGCUGACUGGAUGUAUGGAUGUAAGUAAUAUGCUUUACACACUAUGCUUUUUGCCCCUGAUGAAAGAAAAAAAUAGCCACGGCAGAAAUUACUUAUCAUCGCAUUUUGUAGGGUAUUCGGUUCAAGAUUUGCCUCUAACUGGUGUUAUGUACUUUUGAGUUUGUCUCGUUUAUAUAAUUAAUGGUAGAUCAUUUUUAACGAUAA